AUGAGAGAAACAUGGGAAAUGAAAAGAGAUGAAAUGGGACAUAGAUGUUGUGGGAAGCACAAAGUGAAGAGAGGGCUUUGGUCUCCAGAGGAAGACGCCAAGCUUCUUCGUUAUAUCACCACUCAUGGUCAUCCUAGUUGGAGUUCUGUUCCCAAGCUUGCUGGGUUACAAAGAUGUGGGAAGAGUUGCAGAUUAAGGUGGAUAAACUACUUGAGGCCUGAUCUUAAGAGAGGUUCCUUUACUGCGGAGGAAGAGCAGACUAUCAUCGAUGUUCAUCGUAUUCUUGGUAACAAAUGGGCUCAGAUUGCUAAGCACUUACCAGGACGCACUGAUAAUGAAGUAAAGAAUUUUUGGAACUCAUGCAUUAAGAAGAAGCUUCUUUCUCAAGGUUUAGAUCCUUCCACUCAUAACCUUAUGCCUUCACACAAAAGAUCUGCUUCUUCUUCUAGUAAUAAUCUUCCAAAGCCAAGCAAGACUAAGUCCAUCAUGACAAACCCUACUUUUGACCAAUCAACCACAGCUUUCUCAAUCACAAACGUCAAUCCUUACACUUCCAAUAAACCAAACAGAUCAGUUAAAUCUCCUAACCAGAGUUCAAUCCCUUCCCAAACCGUGAUCCCUAUCGACCAUACCAUGUCAAGUCUUUUAGAUGAUGAAAAUAUUGUUCCUAACUGGUCAAAUGUUGAUGGAAUGGCACCAAUCCACGAGGAAGCUCCGAUGUUUUCAAGUGAAAAGGCUGUAAUUGGAGUUGAAGAUGAUGAUAUCAACAUGGACAUGUUGUUUAAUACACCCUCUUCUACAUUUGAUCCUGAUCUUGCUUCUAUUUUUUCUUCUGCAAUGUCUAUGGAUUUUAAUCCCAUGGAUGAUCUUGGCUGGACCUUUUAGUUUUACUCUACAAUAGUUUCAGUUUUCUCAAAUGUAUAAAAUUUGUAUGAAUAAGUUCCACUUUCUGUUGUCACUGACUCACUAGUUUUGAAAGCUGAGAUUUUACC